AUGCUUCGAGUUCAGGAGCUCCAUAGGCCAGAAUAUCAAAACAACUACCUUGUUCAGGUGUACGUGUCCCAUGUCAACAGUGUUAUCCGCGACAACGCGGCCACCGGGGACCACAGGCUCUCCAUCAGAGCCAGCAUCGAAAGCCGCAUCAUCAAGCUCAUCCACGAGGCCGACUUCCCCCUGGAGUACAAGAUAGCGUGCACCAGUAUGAUCCUUCAUACAGACGCCUUCGACGUCUACUGGAUCGGUCUGAAGGAUCUGUACCAGCUCCCAAGCCCCUGCAUCGCGCGACUCCAGCCAAACUGGGAGCUGGUCAACUCGGUGCACGCGCCGCCGACCCAAUCCCCCGUAACGUCGGAAUCCUCAGAGGACGAGGCCGAGGCGGUUGGCGCUGACGAGUACGACAAAUUCGACAGCGACGAAGACAUGGAGCAGUCGCCAACUGCCGAGGCUCCGAGGGCUCCAUCACCAGGCACGUCCUCGGACUGGAGCUCCUCGGAGGACUCUGGCAGCCACAUCAUCUCGGCUGACCAGGUCCCUCGCGCCUUCUGGGAGAUUCCCGGCGCAAAGCUGCCCCCUCUCUACGACCCGGGCAGCACAGCUUCCUCCUCUCCCGAGCCUGAGAGGAGAGAAGAUUUUACGGGGGUGACAAAAUGCAGCAUCGACAAUCCGGAAGACCCCUCCCUCUUCUUGUGGCCGACGUUCGCAGACGACCCUGUCGACGACGACAACAACAACAAUACGCCGCAGCAACAACAGCAACCAGGGUCGUCUGCGGACGCCGGCCGAGGCGGCAAGCGCCCCCGCCGCGCUGCCGGCAAGAAACCCGCCGCCUCUCGCAAGGCCCAAGCACCUCCGAAACCCAAGAAAAAGAAAACGUCACGCGGAGGUGCAGCGGCUGGGGGUCGGAGACGGGUGGGAGGAAAAACCCCGUCUGCGCUGAGAAACCUGCUAGACGGGGGGGACAACGACGGCGACGAUGACGACGAAAACAAUAACAAUAACAACGACAACGACAAUGUCGUCGUCACCCCUCGUUCCCCUCCCCACUCCCCUCCCGGAGGAGGCCAGCCAACCCCCAAUUCUCCUCCGGAGCCGCGGGAAACCAAGCGAAAGGCGGCGAGGGGAGGAGGUCGCGGUCGAGGGUCGUCGAAGCGUGCUAGGGGCGGCGGCUAG